UAUAUAAACCUACCAAACGUGCUACAUAUUCAUCACUAGCUCCAAAGCGACGAAGUGACAAAGUGCCUUGAAGAUUUAGUUACAGGGCGAAGCAAUCAAAAAGAAAGAAGCAACAUGACAACGACAUUACCAGACCAGCUUUGGCUUGCAACAGACGCCACCAGACAGGCCAUACUUCAAGCAGCAUUCGUCAAGGGUAUCAAGGACAAAAACCUCGACCCGGUGAAAUUUUGCCAGUUUACCAUACAGGAUGCCAUCUACGUAUACAAAUCUAAAUUAAGUAUAGAUGCUGCUUUAAGAAGAAGCUCUCCUGGACCUGUAACAGAUUUGCUGAGAACUCUCUCUCAGAAUUAUGCCACCUACGCCACCGCAAUGUUAGAUGGCUGGUUAAUCAAAGAAAACGUUGCCGAUAGUGCUGUAAAACUAGGACAGGCCUGUUCUGAGUACAUUGCCUAUGAGAAGACUGUGGCAGAAACUAUGAAUCCCAUAUAUUUUCUUGUGGCUCUACUGCCAUGUCUACGGACAUGGUAUUGGAUAGGACAACAGUUAGCAACAGCAGACAAAGGAAUCUACACAGCGUGGGCGAACGACAACUUCGCUGGUUCCACGUGGAGGAAACUAGAAGCCCAGGUAGAGGCGGCCUAUCUAGUUAACGCUAUCGAUAAAGCCGAAGCCCAAACAGUUUAUGAUAAAUGCAUGGAAUAUGAACUUCGAUUUUUCGAUUCAGUCAGAAAUCAAACUUACUAAAUCUUCUCAGAUUGUCUUUUACACACCUGCUCAGCUUCAUAUUUUUGUAUAGCAUGAACAAAUGGUUUAUUAAUACUUUGGAAUACAAAACAAUGAAAACGAAUGUCUUAGUCAAAAUCAAUGGCAUCCACAUGAAAUUUGUAUAAUCAAGUUGCUUCAUAUCUGUGAAUACAAUCUUUAAAUUUGAUUUUUUUAUUUGAAGAUUUCCUUAAAGAUUAACACAUUAUAUUCAAUUAAUCAUAUUCUAAUGAUUUGUAACAAUAAUCCUUUACGAUAGUCCAAAUCACGUUAAAGAUACAGUAUAGACUCCCUAAAAUUGUCAUUUAAAAAAUAAAAAAGGUGCAUCAUAUUUCUGAAGUAACAGCAAAACUUGUUUCUAAUACACAAGUAGGUCCACGUUCUUAGCCAAUUAGAACUCCGGGCAACAGUAAAUGAUUAUUUACCACACAGUGGUCAUGCACGCCUAACUAGAUUUUUAUUUACAAAAUUAACAUAAUUAUAAGAUAUCCGAUGAUGAAUUGGCAUCAUAUACUUCUAAGGAGUCUUAACCCAUUUGGAGAUUUUUGAGGCAUUACAUUUUAAACAUUGACGAAAAUAUGCUUGAUACAAAAUUUAGAAAUGAUAGUAAUUAAAUAAACUAAAAAAAAACACCGAUAUUUUAAUAAGUAUAGAUUUUCUUGUUGUUAUUGUAAACUUCAUAAACUUCAAAAAACGUCAUCACAUUUCUGAUGGUUUAUGUGGCACAUUCCUAAAACAGACAUUUUACUAAUCUCCAUCAAAAAUCUACGGGUUAUGUUUUCGAUGUUGCAUAGAAAUGUUUUUUGAAAACAACGAGUAAUUCAAAAGCAAUUUUAAUUAUAUAUUUUAUUAUUUUUACUGCUUAAUGAUUCAAUACGUAUGGGCUAUAUCAUAAUUAUAUGCAAAGGAAAAAUGACAACCAUUGUUGGGAAAAUAGCGAUGUAUUUUUUCCCCCUAACUCUGUUAAUCUAAUAAAUACUAGCGCUGGUAUCAAUUUCUGCAGGUAGUUUUAAAUUACUAAACAUGCGUUUCGUAAAAGUUUGAAAAAUGCCAAUUUCGAAACGCUAUAUAGUAAAGUCACGAUUUAUUUUAUUACUGGUGAUUCCUCUUUGUAAUAAAUUGAUGUAAAGCUUUGAUUUAGAAGGAGCAAUAGUAGCCUGAAAAUUUUCAAACAAUCAUUUAAAAUCGUAAACAACCUAAAUGCUCGAGAAUUUAAAGUCAUUUAACAGUUUUGCAAUAAUACCUAAUUGUAUCUUUGGUUCACUGUUUACAGAAUAACAUCAAUAUACGUGUGGUCAACAUGCCAACAACUCAAAUAGGAUUGUGUUGAAUGAAUUUAGUUUACAUGAUAAAGAAUUGAAUUGCUUUUUCUUUAAUUGCAUACAUGUAUGAAUAAUAUGACUUUCUCUACUUAAAUUGUUCUGAGAACACACUACUUUUAUGGUUCUGAUUGCUUUGCAUAUUAUAGAAUGUGGUUUUUUUUGUCCGCAGUGCUUUAUCUAUAAUAAAACAAUUCAAUAUCAAA